AUGAAAGACAGUGAAUUCGUUGGAGGAAAGCUAAAACUGAAGGCUUCGAAAAUUAAAAAAAGUAGCCACUCCAAAGGGUCCAAGAAUAAUUACGAUGAAGAAGAUGGGACAAUGUACAAUGACCAAGGGUAUGCUCAGGGCAAGGACUAUGACAUGAGUGCAGAUGGAAGAACAAGUGUACGUGAAAGUGAAAGAGAGACUGGGAAGGAUGGCAUGGGAAAGCUAUCCGAUGAAACAAAAUUGAAGGAAGUUUUGGAACUGAACUUAACCGAGGCGGAAAAGGCGUAUCAGCUGGUAUUAAAGAAAAGGGAGAAGCAACGAAUUGAAAAAAUUUUGAAGGAGAGUUAUCGUGACAGACUGCAGAAGUUUAAUGACAACUUAGCUUCCCUCAGCGAGCACUUCGACAUUCCGAAGGUUGGGCCUGGCUAG